AUGGCCCCAACACCAUCUCGGCCAGAGGCCAUAAAUCCGUUUCAGGCCACUGAGUUUGCCUCGAAUCAGUACUUUGCAAAAUUCGCCCAGCAGCAGCAGCAACAACAACAACAACAGAAUGGCGAAUCCUCUACGAGCGGUUCUUUGCUCGCAUCGUCGACUACGCAAACGGCCCAAUCCCUGUUCAUUCUUCCACUGCGAGACGCCAGCAUACAGGGGGCACCACAAGACGAUACCGCCCAUGUUGAGCACAAACAGAAGAGGAGUCGCUUCAUUGGCCGCCUACUUCAUUCAAAGCCACAGCACAUCCCCGUACCGACGUUGAUACACUCGCCGGUAGCUGUCUCGGAGACGCAGCUACAUGCCGCCAUCGAAUCGGCUGGUCACCGAAAACCGUACGACUGGACUGGUCCAGCAUCCCGCCUCAGUCCCGACCUGCUAACCUUGCCGAACAGGUCACAGCCGUUUGACUUCCUGUUCCUCCGCCUCCCUGCUGAGCUGCAGAUCCAGGUUAUAGCAUCUAUGCCUCUCGCCGACAUCCUACGACUUCGUCAGACAUCCCGAGCCUGGCACGCCAUGGUGACAGCAAACGAGUCGCCCAUUGUACGCUUCCAUCUCAAGCACAACAUACCCGAAUACGCAAAGCGCAUUUAUCCUCCUGAUUACAAGAAUCUCAACCUCCGCUAUCUCUGCGGCCUGUGGCAUCGGCUCCACGUCGCCGCCAAGUUGGCGUUCUACAUUUGCGAAUGGGUCACCAAAGAGAUUUUUCUGCGGGUAACUGCGGCCCAGAGACAGGAGUUUGCACCACAGCGCGAGAGGAUGCGCCGGCGCCUAAUCCCGUUGCUGUUCACCAUCUUCCAUUUCUUCGAGACGUACCGGACAAAGCAUCUGCAGUACAUCAUCGACCACAACGGCAAGGGCUUGCGGCACACGCCGUACACCAUGAAUCCAAUCGAGGUCGAGAUCAUGAGCAUGUAUGAUGACCGGACUCUGCUGCAGGUCCAUCAGGUAUUUCCCUUGGUCGUGGCUUCAUUCUGCCGUCGAUUGCGGCCGCCGUCGUAUGUCGGUCGGGUGGAGAUGUCCCUUCGAGGAUACCUCAAAGACAAGCCUCCCGAUGAGGUGCAUACUGCAGCGCUGUGCAUUGGUGGACUCCGCCAGGUCGAACGCUUCUGGGAGAUCAACGGAUACAACAAUCGAAGGGGUGCCGUGGACACCUGGUACAACUCCAUCACCAAGGUGACCGUGGAGCCGGCUGCGAAGCCUCGGCGGGGACUAGCGAGUCUCGGGCGCAAGAGAUCGGUCACGACGAUGAAGGACGAUGCUUCUGCCACUCUCACGGCGGCAGCAGCUAAGCUGAGUCUUGAUGGACACGUGACCUCCACGAACUCCAUGGACGAGACGUCGUGGGAGCAUAUGGACAACCUGAUAUUCCACACGAGCUUGGCCGGUGGCAUGCCGAUGGGACCUCUGUCACGCGAUCAGUUGCGUCUUCUCCUGCCCGACCUGCCGGUUCUGCAGCAGCUGUGGAUGGUGACGGCCGAGGCUCUCAUUCUGAAGCGGAAGGUGGUCGACAGGGCAGCAGACAUACGGAGAAACGCCCAGGUGAUGCUGGAGCUGAUUCGCGAAGAUGGCUUUGCCGAGGAAGACGAGUGGUGGUAUGGACACGGCGCUCACGAGUCCGUACGGCCACCGAUGCAUUCGAUAGACGAUGAUGUCAACGACUUCAGACUGCCGGCGUGA